GAAGCCCACAAGAGCGCGGCGGGCGGCAGGCGGAGGCAGCGGCGGUGGCUCCGCCUCCCUUGGGUCGGUGCGCGGCCUGGAGUCCCGCCUCCUGCCCGGCUGGCUUCUGUCUCUUCAGCGGCCAUGGCGGCGGCAGCGGAGCAGGAGCAGCAGCAGUUCUACCUUCUCCUAGGCAACCUGCUCAGCCCGGACAAUGUGGUCCGAAAGCAGGCCGAGGAAACAUAUGAGAACAUACCAGGCCAAUCUAAGAUUACAUUCCUCCUGCAAGCUAUCAGAAAUACUACUGUUGCUGAAGAGGCAAGACAAAUGGCUGCUGUGCUCUUACGGAGACUUCUGUCAGCUUCUUUUGAAGAAGUUUAUCCAACAUUACCCCCUGAAGUUCAGACUGCCAUCAAAAGUGAAUUGCUUUUGAUUAUUCAAUUGGAAACACAGUCUAGUAUGAGGAGAAAAAUCUGUGACAUUGUAGCUGAGCUGGCCAGGAAUUUAAUAGAUGAGGAUGGCAAUAACCAGUGGCCAGAAGGUCUGAAGUUCUUGUUUGACUCAGUCAGCUCUCAAAAUGUGGGAUUACGUGAAGCUGCGCUACAUAUCUUCUGGAACUUCCCUGGUAUUUUUGGAAAUCAGCAGCAGCAUUAUUUGGAAGUCAUCAAACGCAUGUUGGUACAGUGUAUGCAGGACCAGGAGAAUCCACAGAUCAGGACACUAUCAGCUAGAGCUGCAGCUGCAUUUGUUCUCGCUAAUGAACAAAACCUUCCCCUUCUUAAACAUUUUGCAGACUUGCUCCCUGGAAUUUUGCAGGCUGUGAAUGACUCCUGUUAUCAAAAUGAUGAUUCAGUAUUGAAGUCUCUUGUAGAGAUUGCAGAUACAGUUCCAAAAUACUUACGCCCACACUUAGAACCUACAUUACAACUGAGUUUGAAGCUGUGUGCUGACACUAGUCUCAAUAACAUGCAACGUCAGUUGGCAUUGGAAGUAAUAGUUACUUUAUCAGAGACUGCUGCUGCUAUGCUGAGAAGGCAUAUCAACAUUGUUGCACAAGCUAUUCCUCAGAUGUUAACAAUGAUGGUUGAUCUAGAAGAAGAUGAAGACUGGGCAAAUGCUGAUGAGUUGGAAGAUGAUGACUUUGAUAGCAAUGCUGUUGCGGGUGAGAGUGCAUUGGACAGAAUGGCAUGUGGCCUUGGUGGAAAACUUGUUCUUCCUAUGAUAAAAGAACACAUUAUGCAAAUGCUUCAGAAUCCUGACUGGAAAUGCAGACAUGCUGGCUUGAUGGCUCUUUCAGCUAUUGGCGAAGGCUGUCACCAACAAAUGGAGGGGAUUCUGAAUGAGAUAGUUAAUUUGGUUUUGCUUUUCCUUCAGGAUCCUCAUCCAAGAGUAAGAUAUGCUGCUUGUAAUGCAAUCGGUCAGAUGGCUACAGAUUUUGCACCAGGCUUCCAGAAGAAAUUCCAUGAAAAGGUAAUAGCAGCUCUUCUCCAGACUAUGGAGGAUCAAGGAAAUCAACGUGUUCAGGCUCAUGCAGCUGCUGCUCUGAUCAACUUUACUGAAGACUGUCCAAAAUCACUCCUUAUUCCCUAUUUAGAUAACCUAGUGAAACAUCUUCAUUCCAUUAUGGUUUUAAAAUUGCAGGAGCUGAUUGAAAAAGGCACCAAGUUGGUUUUGGAGCAGGUUGUUACAUCAAUUGCAUCAGUUGCUGAUACUGCAGAGGAAAAGUUUGUUCCAUACUAUGAUUUAUUUAUGCCUUCUCUUAAACACAUUGUUGAGAAUGCUGUGCAGAAGGAACUUAGACUCUUAAGAGGAAAAACCAUAGAAUGUAUCAGCUUGAUUGGUCUUGCAGUUGGUAAAGAGAAGUUCAUGCAAGAUGCAUCAGAUGUGAUGCAGCUCUUGUUGAAGACACAAACUGACUUCAAUGACUUGGAAGAUGAUGACCCUCAGAUAUCAUAUAUGAUUUCUGCAUGGGCAAGAAUGUGCAAGAUCCUUGGGAAAGAAUUCCAACAAUAUCUUCCUGUUGUUAUGGGUCCUUUAAUGAAAACUGCAUCCAUCAAGCCUGAAGUGGCUCUCCUUGACACACAAGAUAUGGAGAACAUGAGUGAUGAUGAUGGCUGGGAGUUUGUAAAUCUAGGAGACCAGCAGAGUUUUGGUAUUAAGACUGCAGGACUUGAAGAAAAAGCAACUGCAUGUCAGAUGUUGGUUUGCUAUGCCAAAGAACUGAAGGAAGGAUUUGUGGAAUACACAGAACAAGUUGUGAAAUUGAUGGUUCCUUUGUUGAAAUUCUAUUUCCAUGACGGUGUUCGUGUGGCAGCUGCAGAAUCAAUGCCUUUGCUCCUGGAAUGUGCAAGAGUUCGUGGCCCAGAAUACCUGACUCAGAUGUGGCAUUUUAUGUGUGAUGCCCUGAUCAAGGCUAUAGGAACGGAACCAGACUCAGAUGUACUAUCAGAAAUAAUGCAUUCUUUUGCCAAGUGCAUUGAAGUCAUGGGAGAUGGAUGCCUUAACAAUGAACACUUUGAAGAACUUGGAGGAAUAUUGAAAGGAAAACUAGAAGAGCACUUUAAAAAUCAAGAAUUAAGACAAGCGAAAAGGCAGGAUGAAGACUAUGAUGAGCAAGUUGAAGAGUCUCUGCAAGAUGAACAUGACAGUGAUGUCUACAUCUUAACUAAAGUAUCGGAUAUUUUGCACUCAAUAUUCAGCAGUUACAAGGCAAAAGUGUUACCAUGGUUUGAACAGCUGCUACCACAAAUUGUCAAUUUAAUUUGUCCUCAUAGGCCAUGGCCAGACAGGCAGUGGGGUUUAUGCAUUUUUGAUGAUGUCAUAGAACACUGCAGCCCAACCUCAUUCAAAUAUGCAGAAUACUUCCUGAGACCAAUGCUACAAUCAAUAUGUGAUAACAGCCCAGAGGUUAGACAAGCAGCUGCAUAUGGUGUUGGAGUUAUGGCACAAUUUGGUGGUGACAACUAUCGACCAUUCUGUACAGAGGCGCUUCCAUUGCUAGUGAGAGUUAUACAAUCAACAGAUUCCAAAGCCAAAGAGAAUGUCAAUGCCACAGAAAACUGUAUUUCAGCAGUUGGAAAGAUCAUGAAGUUCAAACCUGACUGUAUAAAUGUUGAGGAAGUAUUGCCACACUGGUUAUCAUGGCUUCCACUGCAUGAAGACAAAGAGGAGGCUGUCCAUACUUUCAAUUACUUGUGUGACCUAAUAGAAAGUAAUAAUCCCAUUGUCCUGGGCCCUAAUAACUCUAACCUGCCCAAAAUAUUUGGUAUAAUUGCUGAUGGUGAAAUUAAUGAAGCAAUCAAGCAUGAAGAUCCAUGCACCAAGCGACUGGCUAAUGUAGUUCGACAAGUUCAGACUUCUGGAGGCUUGUGGACAGAAUGCAUAUCUCAGCUCAAUGCAGAUCAGCAGGGAGCCAUACAGGAGCUCCUGAAUUCUGCGUAAAGGGCCUUAAGAUCAUCCACAAGAAAACUUCAAAUAAACAUUUACCCUUCGGUUUA